AUGGACUAUUUCCAAACAGAAAAGACAACAGAAACAAGACAACAACGACAACAAAAAAAAAGACCCGUGAGAAACUCAAUCAUUUGUACUCUUUCUUUAUCUUAUCAACCAAAUUUUGUCAUGAGCCUGCUUAUUGGAUGGUUAUCAUCGUGGUUCCAAAAUGAACCAAUCACCCCAGAAUUGAAGAAAGAGAUAGAAUCCAACAUUAAUUCACACAAGGUACUUGUUUAUUCCAAAUCUUAUUGUCCUUAUUGUACUUCAACAAAAACAUUAUUGCAAAGCUUAAACCAAGAUUACAAAGUUAUUGAAUUAGAUCAAAUUCCGAAAGGUUCUGCAAUUCAAAAUGGAUUACAAGAAUUAACUGGUCAACGUACCGUUCCUAAUGUUUUCAUUAAUGGGAAACAUAUUGGCGGUAAUUCCGAUAUUCAAGCUUUACAUUCCCAAGGCAAAUUAAAACCACUUUUUGGAUAG